AUGUCCGCGGUGUUGUUUGCGUCGGUGGUCCGCGUCGGGGACGGCCUUCCUCUCUCCGCCUCCACCGACUACGAGCAGGACAAAGAGAUCCUGGAGACCAAGAAGCAGCUCAAAGGGCUCUCCAAGAAGCUGGGCCAGUUCCCCGACCGCUGCACGCUCAAGUCCGGGCCCUACAACGUCAACGUUUUGGCCUUCUGCUUCCUGGACGAGCUGCAGAAGGAGUUCAUCGUUUCCUACGACCCCAAACGCAUCGCCGCCGCCGUGCGCCCGUACUCCUUCAUCGAGUUCGACACUUUCAUCCAGAAGACCAAGCAGCGCUACAACAGCCCGCGCUCUCUCUCCACUAGGAUAAACCUGGCCGACAUGCAGACGGAGAUCCGGCUGCGGCCGCCCGUGCUCUGUGGGGGCCUGAACCUGCUCCGGGGGGUCCACGCCAUAGAAAGCAUCCUCCAGAAUGAUGACGAAGACUUUAAUUAUGUGAUUGCCUUCUUCCUGGGCACGGCGGCCUGUCUGUACCAGUGCUUCCUGUUCGCCCGGUUCUCGGUGUGGCGCAGCAGCAAGUCCCUGCUGGCCCUGGCCCUGGAUUAG